UUUCUCCCGCCCAAGACCGAGCACGGCAACCUCGAGGACGGCGAGAUCGACGACGAGCUCGAGCGCUUUGCGACGACGCAAAAGAUCGUCGACGAACUCAACACGCAGCACAGCGGCGCCGUCUUCUCGACCGACAACCAGUUUGCACUCAUGACCGAAGACGAGUUUGCGGCGUUUGUGAAGGGCGCGUUCAAGCACGAGACGCCCAAGCGCCAGCUCCGCGCCGACAACAUUCAACUGUCGCUCACGCAAGCACAGCGCGAGGCCACGGACGUCGACUGGACGACCAACAAGUGCAUGUCGCCGGUGCGCAACCAAGGCAGCUGCGGCUCAUGCUGGUCGUUUGCGGCCGUCGGCGCCGUCGAGGCUGCGCACUGCCUUGUGACAGGGGACCUCGUCGACUUUUCCGAGCAGCAGCUCGUGAGCUGUGCGUCGAGCGCCGGCCAUGGUUGCCAGGGCGGCUGGCCCGACAAGGCGCUCGACUACAUUGCUCAGACCGGCCUCUGCACCGAGUCGAGUUUCCCGUACACGUCCGGCAGCUCCAACCAGAACGGGCAGUGCCAAAACUGUCAAAAGACCAAGGUCAGCGUCGGCAACUCGGUGGACAUCCAAGGUGAGAACGCGCUGCAGUCGGCGCUCGACAAGCAACCGGUGACCGUCGUCGUCGAGGCCGGCAACAACGUGUGGCGCAACUACAAGAGCGGCGUCGUGCAGAGCUGCCCGGGUGCGCAGUCGGACCACGCAGUCAUUGCGGUCGGGUAUGGCACGAAAGAUGGCCAGCAGCACUUCAAGAUCAAGAACUCGUGGGGCACAGGCUGGGGCGAGAAGGGCUACAUCUACCUCAAGCGCGGUGGCAGCGGCAAAGGCAUGUGCAACGUAGCCGAGCGUCCGUCGUACCCGACGAUGACCGGCAAGCCGCAGCCGUCGUCCAACCAGCCGCAGCCGACAUCCAAGCAGCCGCAACCGACGUCCAAGCAGCCGUUGCCCAAGCCGACGAAGAAGCCGUCGAGCCAGCCGACGGAAAAGCCAACGACCGUGAAGCCGGCCGGCAAGUGCGACUGCAAGGGCUGCUACUAUCCGCCCGUUGGUGGCUGCUUGAGCUCGUACUACGACCAAGACUACUGUGAGUACCUCUCGGGCUCGUAUGGCUCGUAUUGGUGCGCCUAAGUGGUUUAUGGAUUUGUGUAAACUGAGUACAAUAUGAUACAUAUAUCCUUUAAUGUUAUUCUAAAAGUAAAUUAUACUGUGUUGAGAGACAGUACAAAAGAC